CCGGUCGUGAUGUCAUCACUCCGCGACUCGCGAAGUUGGUCGCCGCGUUGCUGAGGGGACUUCGCCGUCGGGAGAAGUGACGGGGGGGAUGGCGGGGGAGCGGGUGGCUCUGCCGGCCGGCGAGAUGGUUUGGGUCUGCCGGAGAGUAGACGCGGAGCCCACCCUGGACCACAAGGCCGUGGACGCAUUUCUGGUAGAGCUGUACCGCUGCCGGCGCUGCCUCUUCACCAGCUGCAUUACCGCCACCAUGCUGGACCACCUCCACCAAAACCACAGCGAUGGCUUGGCCACGACACCACAACCGGCACCAGCAGCAGCACCGAGCCAAUCUCCUUCCUCUCCCACUUCCAGGGUAUUGUCAUCGGCCGAUCCCGAGCCGUGCGGUGAUACCGACGUGGCAUCGGCGGCCGAAAGGUUUUCUUCCGGAAAGGAUGAAUGCGGAGGAUCUUCCGCAGACACGGCUACCGAUGGCACGGUGGCGAUCGGCUCGUGUCCCGCCAGGGAAGACGUGCCGAAAUCUCCGCAGCGGCACGCGGGCAUUGAACACGGAGAAGAGGACGCUUCACUCAAGGCGCCUGGUUUGAGUGUGGCCGGGGAGGCGCCGCCGUGCGGGAGCCAUUCGGAGCUGGGAGACGACCUUGAUCGCGAGGAGUGCAGGCUGACCUUGACGAAGGGCGAAAGCGCUGACAGUAGUAAUCUGCAGGCCGAGUGCAGGGACAAACACCAAACAGGCGCUGCUCUGGAAAACGAGCAGGCCGGCAGUGGGAUGGAGUCGGCAGUGUGUGGCCCUGAAAACCUGGAUCGCAUUUCCCGCGAGGUUGACCGGAUGCUGCGCUGCCUGAGCCCCGCAUCGUGCGAGAUGAUCGGCCUGGUGGGCGGCUGCCACGACGACGCCGACGACGCCGGAUUCUUCGAGGCGAUGAUGGAGGCCGCUCGCCCGCUCCCGAGGUCGAGGGACGAAGCGGAGGAGACGGACGAGGCGGACGAGGCACAGUCGGAGCACCUGUUCUCGCUUGGCCUCUGCCGAACGUCGGCGAUGGCUCGGCGGCCCCUUGGUGGCGAGCCCGGCGUGAAGGUGCGGUGCGCUCCGCCAAGUGUGGCGUGUGAAGGCGCAGGAUUGACUGUAAAGACGUCUGACGUCUGUGUGGAGCUGGGCAGCCAGGGGCCUAUCCCCGAAGUGGAAAAAAAUAAUGUAUUCUUUGCUUUGGAUGCCGUGGGUGGAAAUACAACAGUGGCUGAACACGAAGAAGCAGAAGACGGAGAGGAGGCGUGCUACUCCUCCUUGGUUGUUGAUUUAUCAGCCAGCGCUAGUGCAAAAAGGAAGAGGGUCACACGAAGAACUUCGUCCCCGAAAGACUGCCCACCUGCAAGCCACCCUCGGCGCAAUGUCAAAAAGUCUCGUGCUAAGACAGCUGCUAAUAAGAGGAAAAAACUGGAGAGAAAACCCGUUAAGUUGGGGCUUACGCGCGUAUCGCAGAGGCGUGCUCACACUUCACAGCCCGCCGUCAGCAGCUCCUCUGAGGCUGCCACCUUCAUGGACCCAUGUUUCCCCAAGGAUCACACGGAUUGGGUUGUGCGUAACGUACAUCAGCAGUUGGACAGGAAACUGCCCGAGCAAUCUCUCAACUGUGCAACUGCCCGCAUGCCAAGGAGGCAGGAGCAGCACAACAGGCUAUGUGGAGCGAAAUCGGGGAAACGAUUCCGGUGCUCGGAGUGCCCGCGCAUGUUUGUGAGCGAGCCUCUGAGAGACAUUCAUUUGGUGUGUCACUGUCCUCAAGGAUUCCAAUGCUGCUAUUGUGAUUUCACUGGUCGCAAAUGGAAGAGGAUGCGUAAGCACCUGCUGACCCAUGACCUCGUUUCACUGGUCUGGAGCUCGGACUCGCCCCGUGUGCCACGCCUGGCCACGAGAGGGCAUCCGCCUCACGGAGAGGCAUCCCUUUGUGCGCCAUCGGCUCACGCUCGCGUUCAGAGUCGCCCUCCUAAGGGCGGUGAAGAUUCGCGUGUCACUACGAACCCACACUCUGACCGCACGUUCAGGUGCACAGCCUGUGGCAGGGAGUGCUCAACCAGGCAGGCGCUUUAUCGGCACGUGAAGACGCACACCAACGAGAAGCCGUACAUCUGCUCACAGUGUGGCCACCAGACGCGGCUGAAGGCCUCACUCGACAUGCACAUGCGCACGCACACAGGUGAAAAGCCCUUCCAGUGUGAACUUUGCCCAUACAGCAGCUCGGACGCCAGCUGUCUGCGACGACACAAGCGCACGCAUGCCUCCGAGAAGCCCCACAAGUGCAAGCUCUGCUCCUACACAUGCAUCCAGAAGAAGUGCAUGGACACUCACAUGCGGCGGACGCACACUGGCGAGUCUCUAAGCUGCCCGCGUUGCCCCUUCUCAACGUACAACCGCCAAAGCCUGGGCCGCCACCUCGCCCGCCACCGCUCGUCGGCCAAGCAACUGCCCCGCUCGGAACUUCCACCACACAUGCAGAGCACGCGGCGCGUCAGGCGCGGUGGCCGAGCGCGGACACGUGGGGGCCACACCGGCCACGAGCAAUCCCAGGACUUUGCGUCAGAGAAGGUGGAAGUGCAGGUGGUCGCCGAGUGGCUGACGGGAACGAUUUAAAGCCGGCGAACGUGUUUUACCUUGGUGAUCUGAGGCGGUGGAGUUAAUAAGGGGUUAAUGAGGAUGUUUUGGACGCGGCGCUCCGCUGUAAAUGAAACGCUGCAAGUUUUUUUAACUCUCUUCCGUUCUCUACUAACUGAUGUUUGACAAUUGUAGACAUUUUAGAUGUUUAUUAUUUGAAUUCCAAGGCAUCGAUGCAAAAGAGGUCUGUCGUUCACACUUAUCAGAAAAUGCAAUCUCUUGGAUAAAGAGGCAAAAUAUUUCCAUGCUCUCCUUUUGCGUGGUUUGACAUUAGUCUUCACAGGUGACAUCGUGUUAAUAAAUUAUUGUUACUGAGGAA